CAGAUGUCCAAGGCGAUGGCACAUACCACCUCAAAAUCUUGGUUCCCAGUGUGGCAUCAGGAGCCAUCAUUGGCAAGGGUGGCGAGACAAUAGCCCAGCUGCAAAAGGAAACAGGCGCUCGGGUUAAAAUGUCCAAAGCUAACGACUUCUAUCCUGGCACGUCAGAGCGUGUUUGUCUCAUAACAGGCAAUGUUGAUGCCAUUCUAACCGUCCUCACAUUUGUCAUGGAGAAGAUCAAAGAGAAGCCAGACCCUAAUGCUAAAGUGGACUUUGAUGGCAAAAACUCAGCUGACCGUGAGAAGCAGCUCAAGAUUUUGGUACCUAACAGCACAGCAGGUAUGAUCAUUGGUAAGGCUGGAGCUUACAUCAAGCAGAUCAAGGAGGAGAGCGGCGCCUACGUCCAGAUAUCUCAAAAAGCUAAAGAUCAAAGUUUGGCUGAGCGAUGCAUCACCAUCAUUGCAAGUGAUGCAGAAAAUACCAAGAACGCGGCACUCAUGGUAUUGGCCAAGAUUGUAGAGGAUCCUCACUCUGGCACCUGCCUCAACGUGAGCUAUGCUGACAUCAACGGACCCGUGGCUAACCCUAAUCCAACCGGGUCGCCGUUUGCCAACACACCCAUGGCUCCCCAUUCUCCCAACGGGUCGUUUCAUCAAAACAACAACGCAAUGGCAGCUUCUGCUGGUGCUGGGAUAGUUUCAGGCUUGAGCAGCCUGUUGGGAGGUGGGGUGAACCUCACCCUAAACCUGUCCUCAGCGUUCCCUGGUGGAGGUGUGGGUAACCCCAUCAUAACUGGGCAACUGCUGGAACACGUGAGGACCGUGCUACGUGGCGCAGGUUUCUCUGAACCGUCAGGUGGGGAGGUGUGUGGUGCUAUAGCCACACUCAUCAACUACGGCAUCAUUGGUCUGGGUUUGGGUCUCGGUGGAGUCCCAGGUUCCAAUCAAGGCAACCAGCACAUGAUGCAGCCGUUGAUGGGCUCCAACAAUGCUGACUCUUACCAUGGCGGGGGUGGCGGAGCUGGUAGCGGCGGUGGUGUCAGUAAUGGCAACAACGGUCCGUUUGGUCCUAUCGGCACAACCGUUGCUUCUGGGCUCAACUUGGGACAAGGCCUGGGAGGUCCCACUUCUCCUCAGCGCCAAGUUGACCGCUUUGGCACCGGGGAGUCUUACGACCCCUUCAGGCGACAGUCUGGAGACACCAACCUGCCCCUCAACGCAAACUCUUUUGGCUUGGGAACGCCCCUCAGGAAAUCUCCUACACCUGGUGACUUGGCUGCUGGAGGAGCGGCUGACGCGGGAACUGCCAAGGACGUAGAGAUGGAAGUGGGCGAACACAUCGUUGGUGCUAUCCUGGGCCCUGGCGGGAAGAAUCUGGUCGAGAUCCAGCACUUGUCUGGCACCGUCAUCCAGAUCUCUAAGAAGGGUGUGGAGCUACCCUCAGACGGCGGCUGAAACGAGCUUUAGAACCCUGUAGGGAUCGUUGUGUAACAUGCCUGAACCCUCUCUCGCUCUCUCGACCUCUGAGAAUAAAACGAGAUGGUUUUUCAAAGAACCCACUAACUCGAAUCAUGCUGGGUGUGCUCUCAGUCGAUGUGAUUAACGGCCUGUAAAUUUCCAUUAUGGUGCACAUAGAUCAGAUGCAGAGAAUAAACGAGGUGGUUUUUCAAAGAACCAACUAACUCGAAUCAUUCAGGGCGUGCUCUCAGUCGAUGUGAUUAACGGCCUGUAAAUUUCCCUUAUGUUGCACAUUGACCAGAUGCUGAGAAUGAACGAGAUGGUUUUUCAAAGCACCAACUAACUCAAAUCAUGCAGGGUGUGCUCUCAGUCGGUGUCACUAUCGGUUUGUAAAUUUGCACAUUGACCAGAUGCAGAGAAUAGACGAGAUGGUUUUUCAAAGAACCAACUAACUCGAAUCAUGCAGGGUGUGCUCUCAGUCGAUGUGCUUAUCGGUCUGUAAAUUUGCACAUUGACCAGAUGCAGAGAAUAGACGAGAUGGUUUUUCAAAGAACCAACUAACUCAAAUCAUGCAGGGUGUGCUCUCAGUCGAUGUGGUUAUCGGUUUGUAAAUUUCCCAUAUGUUGCACAUUGACCAGAUGCAAAUUGUUUUCGGUGAAUUAACGAACCUCGAGUUCCUUAUUCUAAGUGCGGACAAACUUGAGAAGUUUUAGCCCAAAGUCCGAGCGCCGAAGCCGAUGCGCUAUUGAGGCAUAGGAGUUUUUCAUUCAUUUGUUUGCUUCUAAUUGAAUAUCUUGCGCUACAUUGGGUGCUCUAUGACUACUUCACUUUGUGCGUGUAUUCGGGGAAACUUGUUAACGUGUAUUCCCCUUCCAACUCCCCGUAUCUGGCUGGCAUUGGCCACGAAAUAAAUUACAGUUUUCGUGUUUUUUCUAGUUUACUAUAUCUUAGAGAAUGCAUAGCAAAAUUUAUUUUUAUGUGGUUGCAAGGGAAUUUUUUUCUUGAACAUACGGAUCGUUAUAUUUUUUAAGUUUCCUUACCAUACUUUCGUUGCGUUGAGUAUGUUUUGUAGAUUGCUAUCACCCGCCGCUCGAUGAUAGUCUUAUCUGUCUUUUUUGCAUGCACUAACGAUGUUCAGUAGUUAUAAGUUUAUUGGCAUUAUACCCUGUGGCGUUACAGAAUAUUUUCACACAAUACACUAUAUUUUUCGAA